GUUUGUUGACACUCUUGUCGGUUCGCCUAUUGUCAUUUUGGCAGCUAAAUUAAAAAUGAGAGGUAGAGGAGGUAGAAAGCAAACCAAACAACUUUUAGCGGCUCUUAUUAACCUGUUGACUCUACUGAGGAAGAAAUAUGCCGUUCGUAGAAAGAUGGGUGUCAGGCCGCUGUUCAGAAAUCGGAUUCAACUUGGUGAUGGUCACAAUCUCAUAAAUGAACUUAGAUUUGACUCAGCUCUGUUUUUUAACUACACUCGGCUCUCGUACCAACGAUUUGAGUUUUUACUGCGACUUGUCCACCCUCUACUUAAAAAGAAAAAGAAUAUGAAAACAGUAAUCCUUCCUCAUCAACGCUUGGCUAUGACCUUACGCUAUUUGGCAGUGGGGGACUGCAUGACAUCCCUCAGUUUCUCAUAUAGAUGUGGAAAAUCAACAGUCAGCAAUAUCAUUCGAGAAACCCUCAAAGCUAUUAUCAAGGUUCUUCAACGUUCUUUGUGCGCACUCCUUCGGAGCCAGACCAGUGGAAGGAGAUUGCCUCAGAGUAAGCCUGUUACUGUGAUAAUUUGAUGUUUUAGCAGUAUCGUUUCAUAAAUUUAUUUGUAAUUAUUUUUUUGAAACAGGUUUCUGACCAAAUGGAAUUUGCCUCACUGUCUUGGAGCAAUAGAUGGCAAACAUGUUACGAUACAAAGCCCUCAAGC